CCCCUUCGACCCAAAAAGAGCUGAAACUGUCGAAAUCGAGCGCUAGCUCAACAAAAUGAAACAGAUGCUGAUAUUUGCUGCCUUAGUCGCUGUUUUGAUUCUGGUGAGUGAACUUACGACGGGUCUGAACACAGAAGCGUUGGCAGGGCAGAUACAAGAAAACCAAGCUGAUGGAAAGCUGCUGAGGUAAAAUGCGAUGUUUUUAGUCAUUGCGCAGUUACGUGAAAAUCUAUAACGGUAAGAAAAACUUCCACCAACGAGGCCUAAAACAAUUCUUCAGCUGAACGCCCAGAAAAAAAUGUUGGUUUAAGUUUGCUGAAAGUCAUAGUAAAAACGGAAAUUCAAUAAUAACGUCGAUUGACCAUGCCGGCCCAACUCCAUCUACUCUGAGGUAAAUCCGGGUUAAGUUAAGCGACUCUUGUGAGCAAAACACAACUGGACGAUCACUUGAGCAAUUAAUCAGACGGUCGAUGUUGGCAAAUUAAUUUUUUUGGUAAAAAUAUUCUGAACGAUGUAAAAGGUGAAGUAUUGGCUGAUGACAAUUCAGAUCAGAUGGAUAAGACCGAUUGAUAGCGACAUAUACCAUAGAAAAAGAUGCUAGCUUUUUUCUUAAGCUGCCAAAACUUGAAGAUGCAGUUUGAGUAAAGUUUUCAAUGUUUGUGUUUUGCAGUUUAUCGGAUGUAAUGUUAAAUCGACCUCUUCAACGUGUCAGGAAACGCUCUGUUGGAAGAUUCAAACGAUGGUGGUGGUGUGGGCAGAUAUACCCAGCGCUACCUGGCUGCCCUAGAAGCAACAAAAAACAUUCCCGAGGCCGAAAAAGACAACAGAGUAUGUCGAGAUAAAACUCUAAACAACGGUUUUAACUGAGCUAAAACAGAAAAAAAAACAUGGCUGACUCAAGAGUAGUCUUAGCCUGUGCGCAUGCGUCUCUUACUUUGCGUGGAUCAAAGGAAACUAAAGACGCCAGAUCAAAUCAUCUUUUGAGUAAUCCGUAAAAGCCGACUUAUGUUUUCUGAUGUAUUUCAUAUUAUUAAUCCCAAAAAAUAAUAAGCAAAAGCGCAGGUGGAAUUCGAAAAAUCUUGAAUUUGCUAGAGCCUUGACUUAAGCUUAAUGCUCAGUUUGUACAGUGAGCCUUUUAACGGAAGGUUCUUAGUCGUGAGUUCUGGCAGCAGUAAAUAGACUGUAUUCUUCAAAGGCGGGUACCAAACCUGAACUUGUUCUAAGCCAACAAAAGACUUGAGUCAGCGAGAAUGGUGUUUAUGUUGAGAAUUUGAACGGACAGAAAACAGAUGCUUCCCCCACGAGACAGCUUCCUCAUUGUCUUCAGAAUCUCAACUUUGCGAUACGUACGUGUUAGAAGGACGGGGGCGUGAGAGCUCAAACAUCUUUAGGCUUAAAAGGGGAAGAGGGCAUUCAUCUUCCGUGCAUUUCACUUUCAAUAUGUAUCGAGUAGAGAGCGUAACGAUCCUGAAGAACUAACGAACAGACGACAAGUCUCCAGAGAUUUUGUAAUAAUAAUAAUCAUAAUAAACUAGCAAGCUUUUUUUUGAUGCAGGUGCAUUGUGACCGCUGACCAAAAAUUCCAGUGUAAUGUGUGAGCCGGUGCCAGCAAAAGUUUUGGGCAAUUGUAGGAAAUGACUAGUUUGAUUAAUAUAUUUCAAUGUUAUGAACGACAAGAUGUUGAAGGCCAUUUGAGUUUCCAAGUUUUUUUUUGGUCGGUGGAAGAAUGCAACGGGGGUUAUAGAUGUAAUAGACAGAGGGGAAGUUACCAGAAGCAAUUUGUCGGCGGAACUCGGGCGGCGUAUGAAAACCGCCUUCCACCACUAGUUUGUUUAUUUAGGAACCACAAACAGUGAAGUCAUAUCCAAUUAACAAUAAUAAUUAUUUUUUUAUAGACAGGAGACUGCCUGGGUGAGGAUAAUCUGCACGCAACAUAUCACACGACGAAAUUAGCUGAUGAAAUUUGUAUUAGCAUCAGCUCGUGGAGAGAAAACUAUUCAUCAUAUUUCAUUAAUUUACAUCGACCUACAAUAAAAUUUUUAUCUUACCUCGAUAUAAAAACUUCCCCAUAAAGCAGCAUGAAUCAUGAAUAUUUAUUUCAUAGAGUUGUAUUCUUGUAACUAGCUAUUUAAUCGAAAUGCGAUAAAAUAAAAGUGUUAUUUUAAAUUUCCUGGAAGAAGUUUGAUUUUAAUCAAAUAUCCAAUUAUACCAGGCAGACCGCAAUCCCGAGCGAUAAAGAGAUUUACAGGAUAUUGAUGACAUGCAGCUUUUCAGGACGUUUCGCAAACGAAAUUGGUUGCUUGCCCUUUUAAAAAAAACUUGUUAUAUUUUCCGCUCUUAACUCCAAUCUCCGUUAUCAUUAAAAACUGACUAUCUGUUUGGGAAAGAAUCGGAGAUUUUUCGUGGGUGGCAUUGAACACGCAAGGAAACCGAAGUAUUAAACACAGCAUGUUUUGUGUUUACUGUUAGCUGGAACCAUCUGAACAUUAUGUUCUUAACUGAUAAUUCCGGAUAUGAGGUCAAGUAUUUUUAGACCCAUUCUACGUUUCUCACACCAUUUCCUAUUCAACAAUAACAAAACUUUUUCUCGAAGGAUUCAAUGUUAUCAAGCAAACCAUAGAAAAUAGAGCGACGUACAAAGUGACAAUGAGAACACAUGAUUUCAUGCGCUUAAUCUCCUAUAUAAACGAAUACCCUUUUUCAAUCAUGCUAUCGGCGACCAGGGCUAGUUUGGAAUCAAUCGGCGGUAUUUUUGUAAUCUUUGGAUGAGUUUUCCAGCCUGCAGUCAUGCAGACUUAUUUCUCUGUGUGCAAACACUGAGUGCAGCCACCACCUCUGAGCUAAAGUGUAACGUCUGAAGAUAGCACAUCAAGUAAAUGCUUCUAGAAACUGUUGUGCAACCGCCAAGGAAACUUUGAAGGCAAAGCGACUACGAUGGACAAACCUAAUCUUCUUUCUAUAUCUUAGUACUGUAGACUUGGAUAAACGUUUUUAAGGCUCUUUCCCUUUUUUUUCAUAAAUCAACCUACAGUCUAUGUAAUUGUUUCAUUUUUCUCGUUUUUUUUUCUACGUGCGUGUAUUUUUGCCUUUUUUUUUGGUUUUAUAGGGGGCACGUGACAUAUCACGUGAUAGGACAUUUUCAGGCUCCUGACAUUUUAAAUCACGAAAAUCGACGAAACGGCGGAGAAUUGCUACCUUUUUUGUUGUAGCUAUUACAUACACUUGACGUGUAAAAUUAUAUGGUCUACUUGUGAGCAAUGGAUGCUAAUUUUUUCCUUAAUAUGUUUUUGUAUCAGGCUCCUGUUCGUAUAAGUUAUAGACGGGAAAAUUUAGAGGUAUUUGAUCAAAGCCACAGUUCAGAAUUUAGCAUACGGGUGACAGAAAGAAAAAAAACGAGACGCAAUGAGCAGAUUUGAAUGAUUUACUUCUAAGUCAAGGUUUAGUUAAUAUCAAUUGUCCCUCAUCUAUUGCAAAAGAUGCAAAGAAGUGGUUUGUUUGUUCCCUCUGGACGAAGUACAGUUUAUUCAAAAGCUAUGUGAUGAUAACAUUUCGUUUAAAUUCCACACUUGACGGACGUAACAGUCCGAAAAACCAAACCAAUCAAACGACACAUCAACUAAUCAGUUCAAAGGGUUGGAUUCAGGCCACUGAUUAUCUCAGGUUUCCCCUGGUCGUAAUUACAUUAAAAUGUUGCUGUGGGGCUGCUCCCACGCUUGUUUUUUAAGCAAUAAUAAACACAAACACAAAAGUGAUUUGGAGUAUAUUAAAAUUGGCUUAAUGGCUCAAAGCCUGUUUAUUACAUAAAGAAUUAAUUCUCUUUAAUGCUAUACUUAUACCUAAAAUACUAAGCCAAUUAAAAGUGAGAGUAGAAAAAAGUCCUUGGUAAUAACUAAGACAACUAAGCAAGGAACAAUCAAGGAACAAGUCAGAAGAGGAGGUGGGAAAAAAGAUAAGAUGUUCGCACCACGGCCUGUGCAAUUGUAAAUGAACAACCCACUCAUGAUCGCGUGGUACCAAGGUUACAUACGAGAUUACGAGAGACAAGGUGGUUCAAUUUAUUGAAAUGUGCUUCCCUUUAGCUCUUGCCGACCUGUCACGUGCCCGCAUACCUGAUUGCAUAACGUUAAACAACACAAGAAUAGACCGAAAGAAAGACAGAAAAAUUCCAUUCGCCGGCAGAUAUUUGCUUUAUAAUAGACGAAAUAGCAUUGAAUCGUCGUUCAUUUUCAGAGGAUUACUUCCCUUCGGGUUAAGGUUAAUGAAGGCAGUAUCGGAAUAAUUUCUUCCUGCACCCGCGUACAUCCUUUCACUGGAGGUGAAAUGGGAAUGUUUUAAGAGUUAAAGAGCAACGCUCUUAACUUUAUAAAGUGACAUUCAAUCUUCACUGAGAGGCUAAUGUCAUCAUUUAUAUUAACAAAUGAUUUUCGCUAUAUAGUAAUGCGGAAACACUUAUACUGGUAAUAUUUUUUCUUGCUCUGAUAUGUCCACGCUACUCUGGCGGUUUCCUGCAAAGACGACUCGUGUAAUUGAUCACGUGACUUAAGGUUUACCGCAUCUUCUACGUCAGCACAUUUAUAAAAAUAUAAAUAAAGACGAAGAAGACUUGGAACUUCCAGAACAACUUUGUGUCGAGGUUAAACAGAGGUCGCAGCAAUACUCCAGUAAAAUGAAGCAGAACGUAAUAAUCGCUACAUUCGUCGCUGUUUUGAUUAUGAUGUGUAGAACGACUACGGGGAACCAGGAAGGAGCAAUGCUUGAGGAGAUAGAAGAAAACACAGCUAAUAGAAGACUGAGGUAAAAGGGGAUCCAUAGAUUCCUUGUACAACAAGAGUAAUUUUUCGACUUGAUAUAAAGAAAUUUAAAAAAACAACGAAUUUUUGUAUUAUAUCACCUUAUCAGGCCCGAACACUCGAUAAACGUCGACUGAAGUUUUCUGCAACAUAAGGAUCGCGAGACACGUAUUUCUAGAGUAAAACUUGUUAGAAGGAUUAAAAAGCAACAACAACAAUGACGAUAAAUUCGUCAAGGCAUAAACAUUAGGAUCAAUUAAUGGAGGUCUUUGUUCAAGUUUCUCCUCGGAGAAAGGAAGGAUGACACACGAAACAAAAGUCCAAAGUAAAAAUAUUAGCUCCUCAGUUUUCUUCAAGAUAAAAAACACGGGACUAUCAAUUUUAGAGAAGCUUCAGUUCAGUGUGAUUUUGCAGGCUAUCAGACGUGAUUUUCAAACAACGUCAUCAACGUGCAAUAAAACGUUCUGUCAGAAGAUUCAAGCGAUGGUGGUGGUGUGGACAGAAGAAACCAGAACUUCCUGGCUGCCCAAGAGAAGAAGAAAAACCUUCUCCAGCUCCUAGUAAGUUAUGAAUUAAGCACUGUGGAAUUUUUAAUUUGCCUGGAAUGCAGACUUUACUUUUCUGUUGUAUUCAAGACGAGUUAUAUAAAAACCUGUGAAAAGUUUGCAAGUACGUUUAAUGAUUGAUUUGUUUUGUACAAAAUAAAAACUAUCGUAAUAAAUUAUAACUCUGGUAGAAUUACAUGUACGAAAAAUGCGUAAAGAAGUCCGCGCGACACUCGGAAGUAAAGAACGGAUAUUACUAGUGGAUUGACGGAGCUGUUAGGAAAGGGUCUUAAGUUAUAUCUAAUUAACAAUUUUGUUUUCACAGAGAGCAGACAACUUAAAUGAAGACUAAUUCUACACGCAAUGAACAAGAUGAAAAUGAGCUGAUGAAGUCGUUACAUUCAAAUUCUACAUUAAAUUUGUAUCUUUCGAUGUGUUUUUAUAGGAUAAUUCAUACUGAGCAAUACCUGUUUAUUUAUUUUCAAGUCAGAUCUAUUUUGUAAUAGCUAUUUAUUUGAACUGAUCAUCCAUUAAAAAUUAAGAAUAAAAAAGUAUAGCUCAGAGGUUUCCUGAUAGCUUUGUCGGUGUCGGUACAACUUGCGCGUUUUUAUUAACAUGCUCGCUUGGAAUAAACCUUUCACAGUUUAAACAGUUCACUUGCUCGGAACAGUCAGUUGUUGUGGCCAUCUGGAUUUAACCAAACGUAACAUAUUCGAGUGCAGGGGUAAAUGAAUAAGUGAUCCUAUCUUCGAUUGACGUCUCUAACUAAAUUGAUCGCUUGCAGCUCUUUUCGAAAUUUACAUCUUUCGCCUUUAAUAGUUUACCACUUUCAUCAUUUCCUCCUCCGUCAAGUAUUAAUUUAGUUUGAAAAGGAAUCGAAAAUUUUUCUGUGGGUGGUAUAAAACCACAAAAAACGCUACACUGUAAGGGGACCGUCUCAACUUAGCAUUCUGAUAUAUAUAGAUAACUAGCAUGAGUUCAGGUAUUUUAGACACGUUAAAUGUUUCACAGGCCUUUUCCAUUUCCGAUCCGAAACAAAGAAUUCUUGUAGAAUGAGCAAAUGAUGUCAAACAAACUAUUAAACUAUUCAAGCCAACCUAUACUUUCCACCAGUAUAUACUGAGAUUAUACAAACGAUAUAAAUUAAAGACUGCAACGGAAACUUCACUUUUGACUUUUACUUAAUUACCACAAUGAUUUAGAACCUGAUUAACUUAGUCACUAUCGCUGGAGGCGAUACGAAUUUGGCCGUUUCAACGAGGAGGUCGUUUUAGCGGGAUUAGAUCAUUUUUCAUGGCCAGCUGCGUUCUAAAAUAUUGUUAUUUGCAGUUUAAAUGUCAGUUUAUUAUUUUAGAGUGCAUUCUACAAUAUACGGUUUCUUCAAUUUCUUACUUUUCUGCCCUUUAUGACCUAAGAGGCCGUAGAAGCUAACAUUGGCUUCAUUUGGGAUUCUAGCACUGGUUUUUGCCCACUGAGAAUGGGGAAAUGCCGAAAAGAGAAUUACACAAUAAGUCAAUCAGAUUGCUUUAAGUGUGUGUAUAGACAAGCAGGUUCUAGCCGAGCUCCAGGCGCAGUUUACCGCCGUCUACCACGCUCAUGCCACUAGCGGAAGAGAGAAACAACAACUAGCCCUCCCUCGCGCACGGUAUAAGCAUCAGUGGUUUCAAGAGUUCACGCUGCUAAAAUAAAGCAUUAUCUAUCUAUCUAUCUAUCCAUCCAUGCAUCCAUCUACCUAUCUAUAACUUUGUCCAGUCUAUUCAAGUCUUGACUAAUUCCCAUAGUUACUGAAACGCCAGAAAAUCCUUUUCAAGAAUCUGAUCGUAAGCAUAGAGCCUGCGCAGAAGGUGCAUGUUAAAGAAAAUGGGACGCCAUAAUAAUAAUAAUAAUAAUAAUAAUAAUAAUAAUAAUAAUAAUAAUAAUAAGUUACUUGGAGCGAGAGCACGGAGCGUACUUGAGCGGAUGCAGAAGUCGGUCAUCUCAAACACUAUAAACAUUGCCAAAACAUUUAAGAUUAAUACUUAGUUAGGGCGCUAAGGACUCCAGUUUGUAGGGUUUUUUUCUCCAGAAAUCUAGAAACAAGUUUGCUGAUGUUUUUACUUAGAUUUUUUAGAGUAUUAGAGUUUGAUAUAAUUCUAAAAAAGCUUUUAGCAGAGAUAACCACAUUAUGAUGGCCUCGUUUAGGUAUAUAAGAGAUAAUGAGAGUAUAAAAACUGAAUAAUUUUCUAAAUAGGCUUCUAGUAGAGAUAAUUAUAUUAUCAUGUCUUUGCGUAGGUUGUACAGAGUAUAAGAAUUUAAUAAUAUUCUAAAUUAGCUUUUUAAGUAGAGAGAUUCAUAUCAGUAUGUAUAUUAGGAUCGUAUUAGGUUUUGUACCGACUUUUUUAGUUCUAAGUAUAGCUUCUCAAGUGGUGUAGGUUACGUUAUGCGCCCUAUACUAAUGUGGACAGCAUUCCAAAUUUUUAUACUGCGACAUAAUAAUAAUAAUAAUAAUAAUAAUAAUAGCAUAAAUAUGUCUUCCAAAUUUUGUCAGUAUCAGCCUGUGAUAUAGAAUUAGCCUGGGCAAGAGCCGAUUACUGGCCUGGGAAUUAAGCCAAUCUUAAACGGAGUAAUACUUUGAAUGAAAAAUAGUGGGUCAUAAUAGCUUUUAUACUACGAUGACCAUAGCAAUUAAAACACUGCAUUCCCAUAAUAUCCAAUGGUACAAUUGUUAGCCUCACUUUUACUUAGAGUUGCCUUACUUCCCUUGUUCGAAAUUAGUAGUACCUCUCAGAAACAGUUUUUUUUCUGAAAUCAUCAUUUUUUCAAACAAUUGAGUGGCCAGGUGGCCUUGGUCAAACAAAUAACAAUCUUGGACAGAAUAAAAUGGAUCAAUACACCCCAUCACCCCCCCCCCGUCCCGCCAAAAUCCAGGAUGAAGCCGGGCGAGGGCCAAAACACGCCAUUUGCCCAUCAUUGAUUUAGUGGGGGGCGGGCCUAAAUUUUCCGUCUAUUUUGUCCAAGAUGUGGGUCAAACUAGGCAAACCAAUGCUCCAUUUUGUUAUCAAGGUCAAAUGUUAUCUGCAUCAGUUUCUAAACAAAUGUCUUUAAAAAGAACUUACGUAGUUUUUAAGUUCAACAAGCAAAUCUUGAGGCGUGCUCUUGCUCGGCCAUGAUAGUAGUAGUAGUAAGCAAAUCUUUCCUUAAUUAAAUAAAAUAUUGGGGAUCAGUAUUUUUUUUUGUACUUAUUCUUCCUUUUACUUAAUAUUAAUAUAUAACAGUCUGGACUAGUUUUCUUCCCUGCUUAAUUAUACCUCUUAGCCUUGUUACCUUAACUUUGACAGACUUCUUUAUUUUUUUAGACGUCUUUUUUUCCUCCGUUUUAUAAUGGAAGACCUGAUUGUAAUUAACCAGACUUUUGGUUUUCUUUUCAGGCUUGUCGCAGCUGAUGGUGUGGUUCUGGCAAAAUUAACGAAAACGGAAAAUUAGCUUGAUGGGCAGCCUAUAGUAAAGCAAUUCCCCAUUGGGCAGGUAUAAGUGCAGCAGUCGAGC